AGGGCCUUCCUAGUCUACGUGGCAAAGAUUCAGACUCCUUUCCAAAUUCUGACGAGGCCCUGGAGGCCGGGCUCUGCCUGCCUGGGCUCCAGGGACACUCACCUCCUCUCAGUCACUGAACGUGCCAAACUCUUUCCCUGCUGGCCAGGCCACCUACAGUUCCCUCUGCUUGGAACGCCGUGCUGGAUGGCUGGUUUCUCCUCUGGUCUCAGGACAGAUGUCACCUUUGCUGACUGCCCAGCUCUCUUACUUUCUAUUACAGCAGCUGGUCAUUUGUUUCAUCAGCACUUACACAACUUGUAAUUGUCUGUUUUGUAUUUGCACUUUCAUUGUCUGUCUCCUCCACUGCCUGGUAAGCAACAGGCGGGCAGGGGCCACUUCUGUUUUACUCCCCAGUGUCUAGAUAGCCCCUAGCAGGAAGUCUAGUUGGCACUCGGUAAAUAGUGGCUGAAUGUAGGAACCACUGGAGGCAGAUGGGUGAAUGAGGAAGACCCUCCAUUUGGCCAGCCCCUCAUCCACACAGAGGGGCUCACAAGGGACUAGAGCUGACUGGGGACAGGUGGGGCUAUCCAGACCCCUAAGGUCUAGCUUCUGUGGCUUCUAAACUGCAACCUUGGGCAAGUUGCUGCCCCUUUCUCAGCCCCAUGUGCCUCAUCUAUAAGAGGUGAUUGAUGACAGUAUCUACCUCAUGCAGGUGUGAUCAGGAGUGGAUGAGAUGCUGCAUAGAAAGUGCUGGGCGUGGUUCCUGGUUCCUGAGUGGGCACUCAGUCGAUAGAGGAGUUGGUUGCUGGCUUCCUGGUCAUGGCUGUGCUCAACCUUUGCAAACCCAGCUGGGCUUCCCGUCAGCAUGGCCUGCUGAGACCACAUUGUGCAACACAUCCUUGGACAACCCAACCCAGAGAAACAAGGAUCAGCUGAUCCGGGCGGCUGUGAAGUUUCUGGACACAGACACCAUCUGCUACAGGGUGGAAGAGCCAGAGACAUUAGUGGAACUUCAAAAGAAUGAGUGGGAUCCAAUCAUAGCAUGGGCCGAGAAAAGAUACAGUAUGGAGAUCGGCUCCUCCACCAGCAUAAUGGGACCCAGCAUCCCGGCCAAGACGCGAGAGGUGCUCGUCAACCACCUGGCAUCUUACAACAUGUGGGCCCUACAAGGGAUUGAGUUUAUAGUGACCCAGCUCAAGUCCAUGGUGCUGACCUUGGGCCUGAUUGACCUGCACCUGACAGUGGAGCAGGCUGUGCUGCUGUCACGCCUGGAGGAGGAGUACCAGAUCCAGAAGUGGGGCAACAUUGAGUGGGCUCAUGACUACGAGCUGCAGGAGCUGCGGGCCCGAACCGCCGCCGGCGCCCUCUUCGUGCAUCUCUGCUCUGAGAGCACCACAGUCAAGCACAAGCUCCUGCAGGACUGAGGCCUGGGCAGCGCCUGCCCUGCACAACGGACGCGUACCGCUGCGGCUCCCCCGGCCUGCGGGGCUCCCCUCAUCUGGGAGGCUCUCCUGACCCGGGGGGCUCCUCUGGCCUGUGAGGUCCCCCUCACCUGCAGGGCUCCUCUGACCUUCAGGGCUCGGCCCCGCUCAGCAUCACCGAGAGACAGCCCUGAGACACCGGGCGCCGUCCAGGUCAGCCUGAUUCCAAGGCAGCAGUGAAGGAAGGAGAUGAGUUGUACCAGUGACUUUCUCUUGACCCUGAUUUUAUUAAAUAUUUCUCCACCCUGGAAACGUGUUGAGCCCUGUUUCCAUGGGCGCCUCUGUGCUUCUCCAUUCUUCUUGUUUUGUCUGGGCUGCACCAAGGUUAAGCAGCGUUAUCUCCCGCGGCGCGUUUGGUAUCUGCUGCCCGUGCUCGGGAACCUCACGCUGGGGAAGCAGCCGUGUCAUCCACAGACAACUCUAUUUGUGUUCUUCAGCCUUCAACCCGAAGACUUGUUUGGUUUUUUUUUUUUGCUGGAUUUUAAUCAAAAAAUCUUUUGAAAGUGA